UCUUCCUCCCCUCCUCCUCCUCCUCCUCCACCUCCUACUCCUCGUCCUCCUCCUCCUUCUAGACCCAACUUUGAAUCAGUAUGAGGUGAGCAAGCAACCACAUCGAACGUCGCUCCCUCUCUCUCUGCUCAGAUCGAGAGGCCGUGAUGGGGUCCACUUCGGUGAUGUCAGUGACCCUGGUGGUGGCUAUGGUGGUGAUGGUGGUUGAAGGGACGCCACUGGAUACCCUACAACCAGUCUCCUACUCAGGGUGGAAGGUGUUGGAGGUGCAGCUCGGGGCGGCGGCGGCGGCUUCGGAGAGGGUCACCGCCGCGGACAGCCCCGGCCUCGACCUGACCGAACUGGAUGACAGCGCCACCGUGCAGGUCCUCACCCAGAACAGACGCGCAGGCACGGCCGAGGUGGCGGUGUCCCCCUCGGCGCUGCCUGGCCUUAUCCAACACCUGAGCACACACGGCGCACCUUACACCACCAUAAUUGAGGACUUGGGCAGACGCAUUAAGGAGGUGGAACCGAACCUGAGGGCCGAGGCGGACUUGCGUGGUGGAAUGACCCUCGACCGGUACAUGAACUACAACGAGAUCAAGACCCACGUGGAGGGGCUGCAGGGGCAACAUCCGCGGCAGGUCAAGGUGGAGGUGGCGGGCCGGAGCGUGGAGGGCCGCCCCAUCCACCUCGUUACCAUCACCGACGACGUGGCCAACGCUCACGCCGCCAGGAAGCCCGUCAUUUUUAUCGAUGGAGGUAUCCACGCCCGCGAGUGGGUGAGCCCCGCGGCGGUGCUGGGCGUGGUGGACAACCUGCUCCAGACGCCGAGCCUGACGGCGGGGCUGGAGUGGCGGAUCAUCCCCCUCGUCAACCCCGACGGCUACGUGGCCAGCUGGGAGAAGGAUCGCCUCUGGAGGAAGAACGCGGCCAAGGCCUCCGGCAGUAGGUGUGUGGGGGUCGACCUCAACAGGAACUUCGGUUACGAAUGGGGAGGGGAGGGGUCGAGUGGGCGUGCCUGCUCCACCAUCUACCGCGGCCCCAACGCCUUCAGUGAGCCCGAGGCGGUGGCCGUGCGGGAUGCGGUGCUGCGAGAGAGUGCCAGGACCAAGGCGUACAUCACCUUCCACUCCUACGGGCAGAUGAUCCUCCACCCCUGGGGCUACACGAGCAAGGUCUUCCCGACGAACAAUAACAAGCUGGAGGCCGUCGGGAACCAGAUGGCGAAGGCGAUCAAACAGACCAACGGAGUGUCCUACAGGGUGGGGAGCGCAGCGGGGGUCCUGUACGCCGCCGCUGGGGGUUCCGAUGACUGGGCUGCCGGCGUGGCCAACAUCCCCCUCUCCUACACGAUCGAGCUCAGGGACAAGGGGAGUGGCGGGUUCAUCCUCCCCAGAAGCCAGAUCAAACCCACGGUGGACGACGCGUGGCUAGCCAUGAAAAUCCUUGGGGAAGAGGUCCUGGGGGGGCAAGAAGGCUCCUCCAGUGGUGCCCGACCCGCCGCCUACCCCGUUCGUCAGGCCGGGGUAGGGCAGGCCGAGGAGGCGGAGGUCCCGGAGCCUGCGGAAGUGAACCAGGAGGAGUUACAAGCAGAGCAGACGCCGGGAAAGAGGAAUGAAGGCCCCACGAACACGAAUCAGGGACUUGUACACAUCAUCCAGCGGGGGGAGAGCCAAGACCAGGACCCGGUGAAUAGGAAUGAGGAGCAGGAAAACUUGUACCCAGGGCAGGAAAGCGUAAACCAAGAGCCAGUUAAUAGAAAUGAGGAGCAAGGAAAUUUGUACCCAGGGCAAGCAAGUGUGAACCCGGGGCAAGAAAACGCAAACCAAGAACCAAUCAACAGAAACGAAGGGCAAGAAAGUAUCAUCCCAGGGCAAGAAAGUAUAAAUCACGAGAAGCCAAGCAUAAGCCAAGACCCAAUCAACAGAAACGAGGGGCAAGAAAGUAUACUCCCAGGGCAAGAAAGUGUAGACCAGGCCGAAUCAAGCAUAACCCAACACCCAAUUAACAGAGACCAGGGGCAACAUACCCCAAACCCGGGACAAGAUAACGGUAACCAGGCCCCAGUCAUUAGAGAACCGGGUCAGGGAAACUCAAACCAGGGAAUAGAAACCAGAGACCCAGGAGCAGAUAUCGGUAACCAGGCCCCAGUCAUUAGAGAACCGGGUCAGGGAAACUCAAACCAGGGAAUAGAAACCAGAGACCCAGGAGCAGACAUCGGUAACCAGGCCCCAGUCAUUAGAGAACCAGAACCAGAAAGCUUAAACCCAGGAACAGAAACCGGAGACCCAGGAGCAGAUAUCGGUAACCAGGCCCCAGUCAUUAGAGAACCAGAACCAGAAAGCUUAAACCCAGGAACAGAAACCGGAGACCCAGGAGCAGAUAUUGGUAACCAGGCCCCAGUCAUUAGAGAACCAGAACCAGAAAGCUUAAACCCAGGAACAGAAACCAGAGACCCAGGAGCAGAUAUCGGUAACCAGGCCCCAGUCAUUAGAGAACCAGAACCAGGAAACUCAAACCCAGGAACAGAAACCAGAGACCCAGGAGCAGAUAUCGGUAACCAGGCCCCAGUCAUUAGAGAACCAGAACCAGGAAACUCAAACCCAGGAACAGAAACCAGAGACCCAGGAGCAGAUAUCGGUAACCAGGCCCCAGUCAUUAGAGAACCAGAACCAGGAAACUCAAACCAAGGAAUAGAAACCAGAAACCAAAGACCAAUUUCGAAAAACCCAAUAGAUGGAAAUUUAACCCAGGAUUCGAAUGAGACGGAGGAAGACAGCAAUGAAUCCUUCGAAGACCUCCCCUCCCCCUCCUUCUACUCCUCGUCCUCGGGUAUCAAGACUCGAUCGGUUUUACAAUCCUAUGCGUCGCCUCUAUCCUCCUCUAUCGUCCGUCCAGAGAUCCUUCGCUGGCGUGGGGAAGAAAGCAGCGAGAGUGAGAGUGGGAGUGAGAGUGACGAGUGAAGGGAGGAAGAAAGAAGGAAAGGGAGGGAGUUGUGAGUGAGGAGUGAAAUGAAGGAGAAGAGAAAGAGAGAUGUGAAGGGAAGGAGGAGAGGGAGGUAGGAAGAAAUGAGAGGAGGUAGGGAGGAGGAAGAGGUAGGAGGAGUUAAGUGAGGAGAGGAGGAAGGAGUAGAUAGAUGGAGAAGAGAGAUAGGAAUGAAGGGAAGGAGAAGAGGAAGGGAAGAAGACGAGAAAGGAGUAAAGGGAAGGAGGAGGAGAAAGGGAAGAGGAAGAGAAAGGAGUGGAGGAGAAAAUGAGGGAUAUCUUGGAAAGGGGAGGUAAGGUAGGGAAGGUAAGGUAACUUGGAGGAGAGAAAUAAGAAAGGAAGGAAGGAAGGAAGAAAUGAAGGAGGGAAGGAAGGUACAAAUGAAGGAAGUAAUGAAUAAAACACAAAGAUGAAUAUAAUGAACGAACGAAAGGAGAAUUAAUUGAUAACGCUUUAGUGAACGCAUGAAAGACUGAAGGAAAGAAGAAAUGAAAGAAGGAAGGAAGCUACAAAUGAAGGAAGUAAUGAAUAAAAAACAAAGAUGAAUAUAAGGGAUGAACGAAAGGAGAAUUAAUUGAAAACGCUUUAGUGAAUGCAUGAAAGACUGAAGGAAAGAAGAAAUGAAAGAAGGAAGGAAGGUACAAAUGGAGGAAGUAAUGAAUAAAAAACAAAGAUGAAUAUAAUGAACGAACGAAAGAAGAAUUAAUUGAAAACGCUUUAGUGAAUGCAUGAAAGACUGAAGGAAAGGAGAAAAGAAGAAAGGAUAAGAGAGAAUGAAUCAAGGAAAGAUGGAAGAGAAAAAAGACAAGAAAAAUGAGAGUUAAAGUUAAUGAAGGAAGGAAGAAUGAAGUAGGAAGGAAGGACGGACGGACGGAGGGAAGGGAGGAAAAAAGGAAGGAAAGAGGGAUGAAAGGAAGGAAAGAAGGAAGGAAGGAAGGAAAGAAAGGAAAAAUGAAGUAAAGGAAGAAAAGAAAGAAGGAAGAACAGAAUAAAGAAAGGAAAAAUAAAUAACGAGUAAAAAAAAAAGUUGGAUAUCAAGUGUUCAUUUAUCUCUUGUCCUUGAAUCCUCCUCCUACUCCUCCUCCUCCUCAUCUUAUCUUCCAAUCAGAUAUAUAAUUUUUGCAGCGGGGCGGAAGCAUUGAAGUCUAUCUAUAUUUUUCGCUGUAUUGCUUGAUAAGAGAAGACUAGAUAAUGAUGAUGAUGAUGACGAUGAUGAUGGGGGUGAGGGGAGGCUGUGAUGGUGCUGCUGUUGUUGUUUUCUUGCUUUUACUUUUGUGUUGUUGUUCGUGUUAUGUUGGUAUUUAUUCUCUAUGUUGUUAUUAUUGUUAUUUAUGCUGUAUUUGUUUGCAGUUGUUGUUCUUUGUUAUUGUUGUUGUUAUUUAAUGUUAUUGAUAUUAUUGUUAUUUUUGGUAUAUUUGUUUGUAGUUGUUGUUCUUGUUUGCUUGUUGUUGUUGUUGCUGUUGUUGUUGUUUGCUUUCUUCUCUGUGUUAAUAUCAUCACCUGUU